AUGCCGCGGUCCUUUCUUCCCUCAAAGCUGCGUCACGCGGGCUCGCGUCAGCCUGAGGCGAACAAGACGUCGGCGUCCGCAUCCGCCGGAUGCGGCGCAUCCGCCGCAUCCCCAGUGAACAACGGAGAUUAUGAAAAUGCGAUGAAUGAUCCUGCUGCACGGGAUGCCGCCGUACGUAGCAGAGGCAUUGCCGCCGCGAGCAGCUCUCUGCUGACGUCACGACCAGCCACUGCGCCAUCAAGCGGCAGACAAGGCCGGCGGCAGAACACAUCCAAGCCCCCUUCUGGGGCAGAAGCACACCACAGGAGCAACAGCCACGAUGGUGCUGCCACUGCUGGUACCCAUGCGACGGGUUCCUCUCCUCCUGGUGCCGCCGCCUCCUCCCCAGCUGCUGCUGCUGCUGCUGCUGCUGCUGCUGCUGCUUCCAACAGUCGUGGCUGGCCAUUCAACUUGGAUACCAGCCCUGGCGCUCCUGCAGCAGCAGCAGCAGGAGGAGGAGGAGAAGGAGCGGCAUCCGAAGGGGGCAAGGAGCAGGAGAGGAAUCAGAGGACUCUCAGCUUUGGGGGGCUACCAGGGGACGUGUGGGUUAAGGUGCUCCAGAUGCUCAAACCGGCAGAUCUGACAGCCGUGAGGGCCACCUGCAGCUCGCUCUACCGGCUAGCCGGUAGUCCCCCACCCGCCUCCCGUCCCACCCUCUGCUUCUCAGUGCGCGCCCGCCCGUCAGUCUCCAUCCGCGUCCCCCCAAAGCACCUCUCCGACUUCCCCUCCUUCCUCGCCCGCGCCGGCCCCGCCCUCUCCAAAAAAUACCCCGCCCCCUUCCCCCUCCCCUCCUUUGCAGUGCGCGCCCGCCCAUCAGUCUCUAUCCGCGUCACUCCCAAGCGCCCCUCCGACUUCCCCUCCUUCCUCGCCUCCUUCAAUACCUUUUCUACUUUCCAAACCUCCCCCUUCCGCCUCUCUUUCUUCCCCUCCUUUGCAGUGCGCGCCCGCCCAUCAGUCUCCAUCCGCGCCCCCCCCAAGCGCCCCUCCGAUUUCCCCUCCUUCCUCGCCCGCGCCGGCCCCUCCCUCUCCGCCCUCACCAUCCUCCCCACCGCGCAGCUCCCUGCCACGUGUCUCGCCCUCAUUGGCCAGCACUGCCCGGGGCUAGUUACCCUGAAUUUGACAGACCAGAAGGGGGUGACAGACGCGGUGUUGGCAGGGGUGGGGGGAGUCUGUGCUGGGUUGAAGACUCUCAAAGUGAAGGUGCAUCACGGGAAGCUGACUCAAGGGUUAGAGGCAAUUGCGGCUAAUUGCAAGAUGCUGGAGACGCUCUCUCUUCCUACUCAGGUCCGGGAGUCGAGCCUCGGGCCGCUCCUCUCGUCCUUCCCACACCUAACUCGUCUCGAUCUGAGUUGGAGCACCAAGCUCGCAGACCCUGCCUUUGCCACCAUCGCCUCCUCGUGCCCGCGCCUCAUGCAUCUCGACGCUUCCUUCUCCCAGAUCUCAUACGUAGGUCUCGCCUCCCUCGCUGCCCACUGCCCCGCCCUCUCCUCCCUCCGCCUCAACGCCUGCCAUGCCGUCCGCCCAUCCCUCUGCCUCCCCAUCCUCGCCCACCUUCCCUCCCUGCAAUCCCUCGACCUCGGCCAAAGCCCCCUUCUAGCUGACUGGAUAGAGGGGCUUAUAUCGAUACAGGGCGGGAUAUCUGAAGGAAAGGACAAGGCAGGAGGGAAGAGAAGGCGAAUCAGAUCAUCCAUGCCACGUGGAUUGAAAGUCUCACGCUCGCCUGUCCCUCUCUCCGACGCAUCAACUUCGGAACCACAUCACGCAUCCUCCUCUCCCCCACUCCCUCAACAACCAACUCACACCUCACCACGAGCAGCAGCAGCAGCAGCGCUGUGA